AUGUCUGUUAUUUUUGAUUAGUUGGAUGUAUGCAAUUUAUUAUAACUCUAGAAUAUCUAAACACUUAGAUUUAAAUUUACUUAGGCCAUAAAGUUGGGUGUUUAGCUUUAUUUUAUUGAUAAUCACAACUUAAAAAGACUUGUAGUUAGUGAUAAUUAGAUCACAUAAUUUACUGAAUAGGAAGCAAUAAAUGUUCUAUAAGGAGUUCAGCAAAUUUGUUCUGAUGGAAAAGUAAUAUUUUGUUUAAUGAGUACAAAUUAUUAUAUUAUUUAAAGGUAAUGGAGAUCUUUUUUAGAUUGAUUAAUAACCAAAGCAAUUAGUUUAAGGCAAAAAUUAUAUGAGUAUUACUCCAACAACUGCAAUAGAUCAUUCUGGAAGAGGGUUUUGGUGGAAAAGUAAUAAGACAAUUUAUAGUCAUUGUAAACAUAUAAGUACUUACAAAGAAAAAUUAACUUUAAUAACAAGUACAUAAAUAAUAUGUAUAUUUAUUAGUUGGUGGAAAAAUAUUUAAUAUUGAAAAUGAUAUUUAAAUACCAAUUCAAUAACUUAAUGGAUUAGGAAUUAAUGGAUAUUUUAAGAAAUCCUUAUUAUUUUAAUUUGGUGGUAUAGCAAUUACAGAAAAUGGUGAUGCUUAUUGUUAUACUAAUAAAAUGAUAAAAUUAAAGAUUAAUAAUUUGGAAGAUAUAAGUGCUAAUAAUAAAUUUAUAUUUGCUAUUUAAGGGAAAUAUUUAUUAUAAUGGAAUUUAGAAGAUUUUUAAUCUCAUUAAUUUUAUGUGAAUUAGACAUUAUUCAAAAAGAUGAAUUAUGGUAAUGAAAUUACAAUUAAUUGUAAAAAAAAAGAAUUUUAAGAAAUUAAGUUUAUAUUUUCAGAUAUCUAUUCAUAAUUUUGUUGUGCAACAUUAAAAACAAUAUAGAAAGUUAAUUAAAAUGAUUAAUCAAUAUCAGUUUUAGAAAGAACAUUUUGUAGAAGUAAUGUUUCCACAUUAAAAUAAUAAUUAUUUGAUUCUUGGGAUCCUCCAAAUAAAAAAAGAAAUUAAGAUAUUAGACAAAGUAAAUAAUUAAAAGGAGAUAAAACUGAAAGAUCUGAUACUAGUAAUAGAUUAACUGAUAGAUAUGAUAGAAAAGAUGAUUUAUCUUCAGAAUCAAGAUUUCGUUAAUCUACAAAUAAUAAUAUUCUUGAUACUUUUUUUGAUAGAUCAAAUAAAUAAGAAAACUCAGAAAUUGAAUAUAGAUCAGAAAAGAAAUAAGAAACUAAUUAAUUUUUUAUAGAUACAACUUUUAAUUUUAAAAGAAAUACAUAAUCUAAUUCUGAUAUUAUAGUUCCACUUGAAAUAACAAAAUUACCAUAAAUUGAGAAAUAAGUUACAAUUUAAGAAUAAGAAUAAACAAAUAUAAAUGAUAAUUAUACAAACUUAGAAUUGGAAGAUAUCUAAAUUAAACCAUCAAAAUUGUUAGAAUAAUAUAAAAAUAAAUUUGAAUUAUAAACAAAACCAAAUAAUGAAGAAUAUAAAUAAGAAAUAUCUGAUAAUUAUUGUUAAGUUGAAAAAGUAUAAGAUAAUUUUGAUAAGUAAACUUAAGAUUUACCAAUUUAAUCUUAACAUAUAAUAAGUUAAAAGUUGUAAUCUAUUAGAGAAACUUAUGAUUAACCAAGAUUUAAAACUUAGAAUAAUAGUUUAUAUACAUUGGAUGAAGAGAGUUCAUUUGAAUAGAGUGUUUGUCAAGAUGAUGAUGAAAAAGGUAGGUUUUAGUUAAAACGAUAAGUAUUUUUAAUUAAUGAUAUUUUUGAAACUAAAACAGAAAUCAAAACUAAUUCUAAAAAAUUAGAUUAAUUGAAAACCAAAUUAUAAUUAUAAAAGGAUAUUGUAUCUAAUUCUUUGCCUUAAGAUAAUAAUAUUUAAUUAUAAAAAAUUGUAGUAUUAGAUAUUGAUUUACCACCUGUUCAAUCUAAACUAAAUAAUUUUAUUAAUUAACUUUAUGUAAAACCAGAAAAAUCAUUAGAUUAAGUAUUGGAAUCUUAAACACAAAAAGAUGAUUAAGAAUCAGUAUCAUCACUUGUACCUUUUGAAUCUUAAACUAUAAUUCCUGAUUAAUAAUAAAAAUAAAUUAAAUCAUUUUUGAAGAUAGAUUAAAUUUAAAAUUCAAAAUAAAAGAAAACUGUUGAAGUUAUGGAAUAACAAUCAGUUAUUGAUUAUUAAAAUAACAGUGAUUUUAUUGAUUAAUAAUAAGAUAGCUUUAUGUAAAUUUUGUAGAGUGAAAAAAAAUAGGAUAACAAUAAAAUAUAAAAUAUAAUGUAGAUAUUUGAUUAAAUAUCAGUUUAACCAAAGAAGAAAAGUCCUAUUAGACAUAAUCUAUUUAAAAAGUAAGAAUAAGAAAACAUAUUAAAAAUUGAUAUUAUUCCUGAAAAGAAUGAAAAAGUAGACUUGAACAAUAUCUUAACCGAAUAAUAAAAUGAAAAUAAAAUAGUUAAAAAAGAAGAUUCACCUUAAAAGUUAAUUGUAAAAGAAUAAAAACCUGUAUUUACUAUAUAAGAUAAUCAUUCUGAUGAAGAUAGAAUUGUUUAAGUGAAGAUAAUAGAGAUACCAUAAUAAUCUAAAAUCAUAAAAUCACCUUAAAAAGAUAAUGAAGAAUAAUUAACUUAAUUAUAACCAAUAUAAAUGAAUGAUUCAAGAGUUUUAAAAAAGGUGAAUUAAUUGACUGAAGUUAAAUAACCAGCAUUUGAUAACAAGUCGUCAAUAAAUUUUUCUGAAUAAAAAUAAGCUGUUUCUCGUAUCAAAAUAUAACCAAUUAAUUGCAAUGCUUUAAGACCAGAAAAGAAUUUUACUCCUUUAAGAAGUAGAAGAGAUAGUAGUGCAAGAGGUUCAAGUAUUGAUACAAAUAGAUUUAAACAAUUAUAAAUUGAAACUUAAAUUUAACCUUCUGAGAUCCCUUAUCAGAAUCUUGAUAACAGUAAUGCUAUUUAUCAUAUUGAUUAAUCUAUUUUGGAAGAUCCAACUAAACGUACUCCAGUUGCUUAAGUAUUAGAUAUUAUUAACUUAAACUAAAUGUCUAAUUAAAAGAGCAAAGAACCUACAUUAGUAAAAGUUUAAGCAACAUCUUAAAUUCCAUAAUCCUUAAGAUCAACUAGUAUUGAACCAAAUAUUAAAAAGACAGAGACAUCUCCUAUAAAAUAAUUAAAGAUUCCAGUUAGACCAUAAAAUAAUGAUAAAAUAUCAAAUAUGAAAAGAAGAUAAUAAGAUGUUAUUUUAAGAAAAUUGUUUUUCAGAAUUGAUAUUCAUGUUAAAUUAGCAAAGUUAGAAUUUAUGUUUAACUUAAAGUAAAAGGCAGGAAAAUGA